UGAAUGUUAGCUGGGAUAAUAUCGCAAUUUAAGCUUGGCGCAAGUUGACGACGUGCAUAGGGAGCCGGGAACCAGCUUAUGAAUGAUUCUCAAGCAUUUAGGUAGACAGGAGCCCAGUCGAAUGUUACCAUGGCAGAAGGGGGCCGAAAGCUGCUCUCGGUGAGCUUUGAGGUCUUUGGGAAAGUUCAAGGUGUAUUUUUUCGCAAGCAGAACACCAAGGAGACCGCAGACAGGUACCGCCUGAGAGGUUGGGUGAAGAACACAGACCGAGGGACAGUGACGGGGGAGGUGCAGGGCCCUGAAGAUGAUGUCAUGGUGAUGAUGAAAUGGCUUCAGCAUACAGGAAGUCCCAAGUCAAAAAUUGAGAAAUGUGAAUUUUCAGAUAAAAAAACUGUUGAGAAGUAUCAGUUUACAGGGUUUGACAUUCAGAGGAAAAUGAAGAAAAAAAUAAGAUGACCAAGUUGAUGUGAUCUGAUUUGGAUGCAUUUUCUGCUGUAUGAGGGAAUUACCAAUAGAUCUAUGGGACCUACUCACCAACCCAUUCCUGUAGUAUGGUAUUUGUGUAAGAAGAAAUUGUGUACAUCGGUGCUCAUGAUGUCAAUCACUGGAUUGUCUGGUCCAAACUUGAUUAUUUACAGACCCCCUUCAUACAGCUGGAAAAUUGCGGAGUGUGGUGUUAAGCAACAAACAAACCUACUGUCCAGUGCCCUGUUCUACAAGUGAUCUUAGUGCUACAACUGCCGUAUGGCUAGGUUAAAGUAUGGGAGUUCUUACCACCUAAGAUCGCUUUGUGGAACAGGACCCAGGUAUAAACAGCAACGCCAUCAUAAGUGUCUGAACAUCUGUACUUGCUGGAGUAAUACUCUGCAUCAAGGUGUGCAACCACAUCACAAAGUAUCGUGGUACAUUUCAGUAUCAUGUCAUAAAUUUAGCCAUUUUAUGUUGGAUUAAAUGAGGAAUGACUGUGCAAGAACCAUCAUGGGUGUGAGAAUGAAAGUAUUUAUUGUAUAUGGAUUAUUCUCUCAUUUCACCAGGAAGAUAUAGGUUCAUAAAAUAAAAUCAGGAUGCCUGGGUAUCGUCACUCAUGACAAAGGUGAUGAGUUGUGAAAAGGACGUAUGAAGGACAGUAUUUCUAUAUUGUGAUGCAUGUUUAUUUAUUGAAUUCAGUGUAUUAAUUGUAUUAAAUGGCCAUAAAGAGAA